GAGAGAAAGAGAGAGAGAGAAAGAUUUGUGCCCACAAUGGCGACUGUAGGUAUGCUAAAUACCUCUGGUUCCUUAUCCGGGAACUACCUCUUACCCUGCUAUUGGGCCACUGGGUCACGUGGUAAAAGUAACUUUACAGGGCUGCUCGCAAGUAGGAGGGCUUUAUGGAGCAGAAAAACGACAAAGCUAGAAAAAUUAUUUUCCACUCCAGAAAUUAAUGAUCAUGAGCUCGUAUUUGAUGGAGUCUAACUACAUUGAUCCGAAAUUUCCUCCAUGCGAGGAAUAUUCGCAAAAUAACUACAUCCCCGAGCAUAGUCCAGAAUAUUACAGCCGCGCAAGGGACACUGGCUACCAGCAUCACCAUCAGGAGUUAUAUCCUCCGCGGGCGAGCUACCAAGAGCGCCAGUAUAACUGUGCAAGCAUCCCUGAACCUGACACGCCAAGGGGACAUGGAAUACCCCAUUCUGCGCACCUACUGACAGGGAAAGGGCAACCUGCUUCAUGUGAAACCCCACAGUUGUCCAUGUCCCCCGCCACCCCACCGGCCGCAACCUCCGCCUGCAACCAAGCUACCCCGGAGCAUCCAAACAGCACAGCCUCUUCCAAACAGCCUGUGGUGUACCCAUGGAUGAAGAAAAUUCACGUCAGCACUGUGAACUCUGGUUACAAUGGGACGGAGCCCAAGCGGUCUAGGACAGCAUACACCCGGCAGCAAGUCUUAGAAUUGGAGAAGGAAUUCCACUAUAACCGAUAUUUAACUCGGCGGAGGCGCAUCGAGAUCGCACACACCCUGGUUCUCUCCGAGCGGCAGAUUAAAAUCUGGUUUCAAAACCGCAGGAUGAAAUGGAAAAAGGAUCACAGGCUCCCGAACACCAAAGUGAGAUCCUCCUCCUCUUCCUCCGGGUCCAACACAAGCUCAGCAGCCGGCGCUGUUGCCGCUGCCUCGGUCACUAAUACGGGGGCCCCCGACGAACUUACCGGAGCCCAGCAUGGCGAGGAUAUUACCAGGUUAUAAAACCACGAACCAAUACUGGGGGUAGAAUAAGAACUGGUUAUUUAUAGAACACUUAUAUAUUUUGUUUUCGUAGCUAUCUUGUGCGGUUUCCUUUAAGUCCAAAGUUAUAUAAAAUGCAUGUUAUAUAGCAUGGAUUACUGCGAAUACCGAUGAAUUAUUUUUACGUGACACAGGGUUUAAUUUAUUUGAAGUUCAAUUAAAAUGAUGUUUUUUAUUAAAAAAUGUUUUGAAUGAAGGAAGAAAAAGUAGAAAAAAAUAUACAUUUUAUCAAAAAUGUUAUUGUGGGCCAUUCUUUUGCCCUGCUGCCCAAGGUGAAAUGCACAAUCUAUUUAUUUCAAACAACACUGGAAGGAAAUCACUAUAAUAAUAGUUAUUUUUGGUAUAAAAAAAAAAGCUGGAACACACCAUUGAUCUUGAACUUGUAUGUUUAGGAGAAUAACAAUGUGUGAAUUACCUCGUGUAUUUCAGAAACAGGAUUUUCAUUUGCAAAUUUAGUUUUGUGGUGUUGAUGUUGUGUUUAGACCGUUAAAAGCAGAUUAUUGUGAAAUGCAAUAAACGGAGUUUAGUGUACUUGUGCUAAUCAUAUUGGUCAAUAAAACAGUGAGUGUCUACUAGUUUUAAAUACGUUUGUUCGAAGUUCAUUUUAGGUAAGGUGAGGUCUACUGUUGCAGACUGGAGGAGCUCCUUUUAAGUGUACAGAUGUGUGAAUACUGGACAUUUCAUGAGGGAAACAAAAAUCACUGUGUCUUCAAACUGUGUUUGUCAAUACUGCAGCCCCCUUUUUGCGUGUUUAUAUUAGCAAUGUGUACAGACAUUAAGUGUGCGUGCGUGUGUGUGUGUGUGUGUCUGUGUGUGUGUGUGUGUGUGUGAGAAAGAGAGAGAGAGAGAGAGAGCGACAGAGUAUGUGAGCUUGUGUUAAAGCUUCACUCAUUAUGGACUGAAGUUAUUUCUAAAAUAUGAAAAUGAAAUAGUUUGCGCUGUGCAGUAUACGUGCAACCUCAUCAGUCUGAAGGGCAUUCAAUUAGUCAAGCCACUGAGGCCCUCCAGUCCCCACUGCACUGCCUCUGCCGGUGCCACAAAAGAAGCUCCGUGCUUCUUUCGUCCUGACUUGAACACAAAGAUGCAUGCGUUUAAUUUAGAGUACAUUUGCAAUGUGUUAGAAAUUUUAGAUUGUUGUGAAAGAUAUUCAUUUUGUAACAAUAGUAGUUGCCCUGCUUUUUCUAUAGUCCUCUGCGCCAUGCGACUGGGUUUUCAAAUGUGAAAUAAAUAAAAUAAAGUCGUGAACUGC